AUAUGGAGAAAACGAAGCCACGCGAAUUAGAGGAAAUUUGUAAAGCUAGUUGUUGAGUUGUGUUCGCGGAAAUUCCCCCCGCGCUGAAGGCGCAUGGAAAACCGUUAAAAAAUCACGAAUUAUUUGGCAGAGUGCGGUUUGUCAGCUCGGUAUAACGAUCGAGGGAAAGUUAUACGCGUUGCCUUUGUUACGGAGCAAGCUUGCAGUUUUGAGGAUUUUUUGUGUGGUUCAGCUUAUUAUUCAAAAUCGACUCGCUCAAGCCUGCGUGCAUUCACAAAAGUCGCUGCGAUUUCUUCAACGGACUGCACGCUAGACACUGGGAGAUUUUGACGAAUGAAUCCGCACGCGGGAGAUAAGGAACUGAGCGAUCUACUAGACUUCAGCGCGGUUAGUACAACUUGGAAAAAUUUCUGACACACUUGCAUUCGCAACUUCUCUUGAUGUUGCGAUUAGCGAGCGCCGUUGGCUGCAGUUUAUUAACGAUCGUGUUUGCUUUGUGUGUUGGCAAUUUUUUUUUGCUCAGAUGUUCUCGCCGCCGGGAUCCAUGGUCGGCAGUAAAUCUAGUGGCUCUCUGACGGAAGCUGGGUUAUCGAGUUCCAUGCACGCAUCUAGAACAGGUGCCGUUUGCGUUUUGUUUGUAUGCCGUUCGCCAUGAAUUAAACUUUCUGUAUGGACCUCACAGAACCUGCUACUCACACUAGAGUACAUCACACCGGUUCUUGAUUCCAACCCACAUGCUUCUCUGCUUCCAAGACAUAAAAAUAUUUCCUCUGCUGGCUUACUUUUAUUUUUUCUUUUGUAGGUUCUUUAGACGAGACACCCACGUGGCAAGGCAGUUCUGUGUCGGCCUACGAAGCUCGGGUAAGCUGUGAAUACAGUUAAACUUAUGAUGCUUUAUGCGCUUGAAAAUUAAAACAAAUCUCCAAAACAAAAGUUCUGUAAAAUUCGCUACAAAUGUCAACAGGAACAUUUGUGCAAAAUUAGAACCACUAAUGUAGCACGUGCCUGAACGGAAACUCUAUAUUUUCGAGCGAUAAUUUGUUACUUUAUAAAGAUGCAAAAUAUUUUACUAACAAGUGGCCCUUAUAGACUUGUAUGUUAGCGAAGCCAUGCCCGUUGAAAUGUUGUUUUCCAUUUAGUUCGGCAUUUUUAACACUUCACUGAGCAAAACCUGAACGACUGAAUAAAUAUACCUCAUAUGACCUUUUUAAUUUCGCCGAUUUUUAUUCUGUUUUAAUAUUUUUAUUCUGUACUUUCCAGGCAUAUCACACGGAUAGUCACGGUGUAUACAGCACUAUCGAAGAUGUGGAGGGCGACUUUAUUUCCCGUAAGGGAGCUGGUUUUACUAAUUCGUAUCUCGGUUCAAACUCUCUAGGAACUUUAGGUAAGAGUAUUGUUAACGCAAGGUAGACAUUUCGGCGAGGAAUUGAUUGUGAAAUUAUUCUUUGGCACUUGAAUGAUUCAGAUAAGGCUCUACUUGUCUCGGCUUUGUUGUUGUUUUGUCGGUGAGCAUCAUAGCAGUACCUCGUUGCCUUCUUGAGAUUGUUCGCACGAUCAAGCUUCCUGUGAUCCAAACAUUGACGCGUGCUGCUUUGCUAUACUCUAGAAUUAAGCGUUAAAUCCUUCGAUCGAAUUGAAACACAAGACAAUGAAAAACCAAAUGCAAAUUUGCAUGGAUUUUUUUCGGAAUAUGAUCGGUUUGUUUUUUCCAUGUAUAUAAUAUUUUUUGACGCAUGACGAGAUCGCAUUUUCUUGUGGCGAAAACGAUUUCUUUUUCUCAUGAUCGGUUUUAACGACUCGAAAGGGUUAGACGGUGGCGAAAUUAGUGCAAAACAGUUUUUUAGAUAUUUAGAUUUCCCCCUCGUAUUUGCGAUAAUUUUAAUAUUUUAACGCGCCAUGCUUGGUAAAUAAGAUGACCAUAUUUUAUUUUCGUUCACUUCAAGUAUAGAGCUGGUGGAGUAAUUUGUUUUGCUUAGGACGUUUUUGCUAUUGCGAGUCGUUUUCUGGUGAUGGCAGACUUUUGUGUCUCGGUUAAUAAAAUAAGCGAUUAGGGCAAAUUUUCAUUUUAUAUUUCGUCAAAAAAAAUUGUUUCCAUUCAUCCUUUGUUCACGUCAAAUAGGAGAUAUGAUAAUGUGCGCGAACAUGCUUACUCGCGCACAAGCCCCACCCUCUGAGGGGUUUUACGAUUAUAACACAUCUUGUUUUAUGGGUAACAUAAAAACUGGCGUAAUGAUAAAUACCUACAGUAAAAUUAAGGUCAAUUUGAGGAUUCCCUUCUUUCCAAAGUACCAACAAACGCGUGACUCGAACACAUGUGUAUGUAUAUAACAUGGUUGAGUUCAUGCACUGAUUAAAUGCUCUCUCUGUCUUGUUAAUUUUAUAUAUGGUUCGGUUCAUUGACCACGCAAAUUUUACUUCGUCAUAAUAUAAAUUUUCACACAUUAUUUUUUAUCGUUUUUAGAAGCAGAUGUUGUUUUACCAGGUGAAAACGUUUGAGAGGUGUAAUAUAGAUUUGAAAGAAAUGAUUCACUUGUGGUCGGUUGUUUUGGAGCUUUGACUGAAUCGAUCUCCCUUUAGCUGGAGUUAAUCUGCCAAACAAAUCAGCUAUUUACACUUUGGGCUUUAAGAUGAAACCUGCAUCAAGAUCUUGGAUAGGUUGACCAACAAGUCACCAUGUGUGUAUUUUGCAUUGAACCUGCUCUAUGUUAGGUGACAUAAGUUAAACACAGGCUUGCCAGCUCUGAAAACUUCAUAAUUUAACAAUUUGCAUCGAUUGAAAGUGAAGAGCAAAUUUAUGACAUCUAUUUUUUUCUCUCAAAAUUUAAGGAAUAAAAUAAGGAAUUUUGUUAAAUAGAGAUUUAGUAAAAUAGAAAUAACUUCUAGUAGCAAGUCUAGCUUCCUCCUUGUAAGUUACAAAUGUAAUUGAGGCAAAAUUUGGCUUUUCUGUGCUUUGAGAAAAAUCUUCUUGACCACAACUUUUUUAGAACAUCUCAGGGUUUUUUUGAAGUAGGAAGGAUUGUAUCAUUUGGCAUGCAUUGGCUGUCAGUCAUUCAGUUGUUCUUUUGUGAAGAGAGUCUCUCCUCUUUGAACAAAAGUUGGUUGGAAAAUUGUCCAAUAUGUUUCAGCGUAGGGCAUAGAUGAGGUUCUGUCAAUUUAGUUAUUUUAAAUGUUUGCAGUGGCUGCAGAUGCAUACUUAGAGUUAGACACCAGUUUCUAGCACAUUUGACAUUUUAGAAUCUCUCUAUGUAGUUUUAAUUGCUAGCACAAGUUAGUCUAAUACAGGAAGGUCUCACACAAUUAUUUAAACAUAAGCGUGAUAUGAUUUCAUUCUAGCACUAGUUAGUCUGACAUGUAAGGACUAGUGAUAUCACAGCAUUAUAUAAUUGAUGAUACCAUGUAAGAUAUAUAUAUAGCUGACAAGAAGUGACUGGGGUUUUUUUUUCUGCUUUUGUUUUGUUUUGGUUUUUUUUAUUGUUUUUUUUUUUUUCAGGCUAUAGAGAAUCCGGACUAACAGGAAGUCAGGUGAGUUUUAUUACCCACAAUGUUCUCUAGGGACUUUUUAAGCAGUUGGGCAUAAUAUUAAAAUAGCUGAUGGUCACAAAUGAGACCUCUAAGGCCAUAGACAUCUAUUUUCCUUGCUUCAAUUUAUUGUUUUGUGUCCAAUUUUUAUCAAUCUAUUUGGGUACAUGCAGAAAUAAAAGGAAAAGUUAAAAUGUAUUCCAGAUAAAGACAAUUCUUUCACUCUUUUGUUGUCAUAAAGUAGCAAGAGCUUCAAAAACAAGUAGCUGGUAAAACCAAUGGCUGCUGUUGCCUCUAGAGAAUGCUAUAUGGGGAUUCAAAACAAGCAACAUGCAGUAGCUAACUUUCUACAGCUAUAUUGUCUAGAUCACUUCGCUGUCUCUCCCUCACCAGCUCAGAGUGAUAUUUAUACAUGUAUGUUGUGAAGAAGAUACAUGUAUAACCCUAACCAACCAAUAAGGUUGUGCCCUAUUGGAAAGGGUCUAUACUUAAGUGAGCUACCCACAGUCUCUGUCUCAUUUAUUUUCUCUCAUUUCCUCAAUUUUAUCAAAAUCCUUAAUGAAGAGGUAUCAAGUUGACUGUAAAAUGUUAUUUGUUGCACAAUAGCCUAUUCAAACUUGGGAAAGCUUUAUUCCAAGUUUGCAAAUUCAGUGUUCCAUGAUUCUGCUGUGCUUACAUUCUCUCCUUCUUGAGGACUUUUCCUCUUUAUCUGGUUAAUUAUGCCCAAAAUGAAGGAAUAUUGAACUAUAAAAAUGACAUUCAAAGGGCUUUAGAUUUCUCAAAAUUUGAAAGGCUUUUUCAUCAAAUAAUGAAUAAGGAAGCCGAAUGUUUUACAGCACAUCUGUUAAACACCACAGAAAAUGCAACAGCUUUUUGGCUCAGUAAUGUAUAAAUUGAAGAUGUGUUUCAAGAAUAACCCCUUCACAUGAUUGGAAAUAGUAAAUUUACCAAAGGAAAUAAAUUAAAAGGAUUUGCAAAAGUUGUGCCAAACUAAGAUACUUGUAUGAGUUGUAAAGAGCAGUUUGUAAACAUUACUUUUUUUUUAAGCUAGAAUUUUUGUAUUUAUCCCUAUGCAUUGUUGUGCUCAGAUAUGUAUAUGAUGUUAUUUCGACCAAUGAGGUAUUAUAACCUUGAGCUACAGGAAGAAGAGAAAUAGAUAAAGGUUUGGAAUGACAAUUCGCUAGAAUUCAAUUUCUUUUCUUUUCUUUUUUUUUUUUUUUUUUUUACUCUAAAAACAGUGACAACUAAACAAAUUUGUUUUCAAGGCAACCCUACUUAAUCAUCAUUCACAAUUCAUGUUUUAAAACAUGUAAACUGGGAAAUGACCAAGAAGAAAUGAUCAAGACACACUUUUUCCUGCAGAAUAGACUCAUGCACUACCAUAAAAUAAUUAUUUUUGAUGAAUUUUACAAGUGUGCUUAUGUCUGUAAUAACUCUGGUAGCUCUAGUCAAUCUGAAGUUUAGCUAAUUACUUUGUUUAGCGCAAAUGCAAGUAGUUCUAGGUGCUGUAUGAGAACAAACAAGGGAUAAAAAAGGCUUGGUAUCCAGGAGGCAAAAUUUGGUUCCUAAAAGAACAGCUUCCUGUAAACAUUGUCAAAAUUGGUUACAAAGGGAUCACCUGCUAAGCUGCAAUAAUUUUGAGAGUUAAAUAUGGUCCUAUCAAUAAUUUAAGGAUUUGUACACCAGUAAGAUGUUGUAGAUCCACUGCACAGUGUUUUCAGAGGCUUGGCAAAUACUUUGAGCAUUUAUUUAAGUAACUUGGUCAUGGACUCCAAGGAAAGGGUUCCUCAUGGAAGAAUAAGUGUACCCUACUUGUUUAAUUGCAUACUGUAAAGCAUAUUUCGUCAUCCAAUGAUGUUCACCUUAAGCAGCCUAUUUCACAUCCCCAUGCAGGAAGUACUUGCCUUCCUCACUGCUUCUUUUAAACACAAAUUUCCAAUUUCAACUUAGUUUUCUUUGAAACAUUCAUUCAACAAGAAACCUACUGAGAGGUAGAAUUGGGCAGAACAGUACAAUAAGGGGAAAAUAAAAAAAUCAUUUGUCAUAAGAGGUUGGCUUUAGUCAUCCAAAAUCUAGUGUUCAAAAAUUGAUGGGUGCACAUUCUUAACAUAGGCUGCAGGUUUGGUGGAUUCAGAUUGUUGUUAUUUUUAUUUGAUAAUUGGGAAUGUUAGAGUUAUUGAUUGAUAAAGUGUUGUCUUUUUUACUUCAAGAGUCAAAGAAACCUCCAAAUAGGUUCUAAACUGAACAACACAAUCAUUGUUAAACUACACGUUUGCUUUCCGUUUUUGAUCCCUCAUGACUCAUUCAAAAUCAAACAUAACAGUUAUCCACUAAUUUAUAAACUUUCAUAGACUUCAUGGUGAAAUCAGUUGAAUGUGUUGCACAAAAGUUACAAAGUUCAAUCUUGUCAAGGAGCUUCCCUUGAAAACACAAUCUUGAUGCACAAUCUUUAAGAGUUGAAUAUAUUUUGCAAUGCUUGCCUUAGGAAUGAAACUGAAAAUGAUAUAUUAAUUUAUGGUUAGUCACAUUAUCAAUUCUUGUUCAUUGGGAAGGACCAAAUCUAUUAGAAUAACUUCAGGAUUUAAUGGGUUUGUCUUAUCAUAGUUAUCUUUAUUAUCAUUAUUAUUUCUGUAAUGAUCAUUAUUAUAUCAUGUUAUCAUCUUUAUCUUUCUGCAUGAUAGACUGGCAUAGCUGAAUUUUUUUUACUGUAAAUGCUCAACAACAACUUCUACAGACCUAAAACAACAACAACAAACAAAACGAAAUUUUUAAGCUUUGUGGUUAUUUUUUUCCCCACAGGCUGGCCUCCCUCCACCGCUGCAGACCUCUCAUGAUGUUACUCUAUCAAGUCCAGAUUGUAAGUUCACCAAUGUAGACAAUUAUUCAUACAAAAUAUUGUGAUCAUGUACAUGUGUACUCUAGGGCUCACAUGGAUAGCUUACCUCUCUGCUAGUAGACUUGAAUUUGAGGAACCAGCAUAUAGUUUGUAAUCCAAGAAUCUGCGCUUAAAUAUGGUCAAUAUACUUGAAAUCCAAAUUUGUGAUUAACUAUUAUGAAACAGACUGAUGAGAGGUUCAAAUUACAUCUUUGGUAGGCUAUCCAAUAAGUAGAGACAAUUUAAUGCAUCUUUUAUGGUAAUCAUACAGUGUACAUUUUUCAUUUUCAUCUGUAUUUUGGCCAUUUGACAAAACCUUUUGCUUAUAAUUACAAGCCUAGACCUUAAUGUUUCUGACGUGAAAAUGGGACUGCUUUUGUCUGUUAGGGUAGGAAAUUUCCUGCAUGCAUCCCAAAGCAAUUUUCCUUUUGUUUGAUCUUAUUGAAUUGUAACCAAGCAUAUACAUUUUUACAUUAUUGGUUGAAGGUUCCCCCUUCUUGUUACUUUUUCUCCCAAUACAACUUCCUGGAACAUUCCAUACCAGUGUUUCAAGACUGCUCUUAGUUUUUUCAUUUUUUUUUUAGUUUUCCUUGAUCUCCCUAUCCUCUCCACUUAUUUUAGAUGACAAUCCUUUUGUAAAAAUUCCAUUGGCAAAACUUGGGUUCAUUGAUUGUAAAGCAGCUACUCUAUAAGGCUAUAAACAUUUAAUCAUAAAAAAAUCAGCUAUUACUUGUCAAAAAUAUUUCUCAGAAACACAAAAUAGUAUAAAAUAAAAUUAAUACCAGUUACUCAUCUAAACAUACCAAUUCACCAAUGAGUCAAGCCUAAGUAAUUUUGAGCAUUUCACAGAUCAAAAGUCUGCUCGUAGUUUAUUAGAACAUCAAUUCAAACUGUGGUCAGUCUUAGAAUAAGUUGUGACUUUACUUUUGGUGAAAUAGUUAUUUUUUGGUCUCACAAUCUUUUAGAUAUAAUUGCAUGUACAUGUACUAUGAUAAAAAUGUCUAUUUGUUCUUAAAAUUAGCUGUGAAUAAUCUUUGGUGUUAAAACUCAAGUAUUUUAGACAGUGCACUAUCAUUUCUUGUGGAGAGAUUGCAAAACAUUAAGCUUUCAUUUGAUUUAUCAAAGUAUAAUUACCACAACUGCUAAACCUGAAAAGACAAUUUACCUUUGUUUACAUUUUUCCAUGCUUUACAAUGUCAGCAUGGGGCUGAUUAAAAGUGACACCCUGGAGUUUAAAGAAAUACCUCUUGGUCUAAACUGUGGCAGAGUGAUUAUUCUCUAGUACUAAACAAUGUUGCAUCAUAUUCAAAGAUCAUUCUAAAUAGAUGUUUAGUUCUAAUUUUAGAGUCAAUUUUCUGGUCCUGUUUAUUUGAAGAAAUGAAAGUUAUGUGAUUUUUAAUUUAACAGAAAGUUUGAGUUGCAUGCAACGUCAUAACUUUACUAUGUUAUUGACUUCUCCAAACAAAUGGAACGUGAAGAAAACAAUGAUUCUAAUCUGCAGGAGAAUCAUUACAACAUGUUUUGAGAUCAAAGUUCAAAAGAAGCAUUUUAGCUAAUAAGUAAUUUUGUAAGCAAUGAAAGGAAUUUGUCUUGUCAUGGGCAAUUAACAAGUGAACCCUUUAAGUCUUAACUCGGAAGACCUACUCAAAUCUGUCCUUAUUUAGUCAUUACAGAAUUUAUACACACAACAUGUCUUUUAAAGUUAUUAGUAGGUAAUUUUAGAGAUUGUAUCUUUCUUUAUUAUUAAUUCAGGGGAUCCAAGAAGGAAACAGUACUUUUUAAACACUAGAUGGCUUAAUUUACUCCUGUCUUCAUUGAAAAUCUAUCACACUUGCAAAAAAUGGUGAACAGGAAAGCAUGGUCAGGUUAACCAAUGCAUGACUGAGUGACAUCGCUAUUGGAACUGAUAUAUCAUUACAUUAACCAACAAUAAAGCAUUUUCAAUGGAACAUUUUUAAAGCUGCUUUUUAAAAAUGUUGCCAUUUUUCAUGGAAAAGUAUCAAUAAUAUUAUGAUAUCAACUACUUUUUAAAACUUCAAAGAUCAACAUAGCUUUUAAAACUUCAAAGAUCAGUGUAGCCUUUAAAAAAUUGUCUUUGUAUGUGCCAAAAAUUUGACAAUAGAGGCAGCCAUUUUGAAUGUGGUGGCUUAAUUUCAAGGUGACAAAUCUUACUUCUCAUUUUUUACACCUCUUGGUAUCAUGGUGGCUGCUGGUCAAGAAAUAUAUGUAGUUAGGGGGGAAAAAUUAUUCAGGGGCAGGGUAAGUCAUCAUUCACAAUUCAUUUUUUAAAACAUGUAAACUGGGAAAUGACCAAGAAGAAAUAAUCGAGACACGCUUUUGCCUGCAGAUAGACUUAUGCACUGCCUUAAAAUAAUUAUUUUUGAUGAAUUUUACAAGUGUCUGUAAUAACUCUGGUAGCCCUGGUCAAUCUAAAGUUUGGCUAAUUACUCUGUUUAGCACAUAUCCAAGUAGUUCUAGGUGCUGUGUGAGAAAAAACAAGGGAUUAAAAAAGCUUGGUUUCCAGGAGGUAAACAUUUGGUUCCUAAAAAAACAGCUUCCUGUAAACAUUGUAAAAAUUGGUUACAAAGGGAUCACCUGCUAAGCUGCAAUACUUUUGAGAGUUAAAUAUGGUCCUAUCAAUAAUUUAAGGAUUUGUAUACCAGUGAGAUGUUAUAGAUCCACUGCGCAGUGUUUUCAGAGGCCUGGCCAAAUCUGUCCUUAUUUAGUUAUUAAAGAAUUUAUAAAAAUUAUUCAGAGUCAGGGAGAUUUGAGGAAAAGUACAUCUUUUGAAGAUUAAGUUAGGAAACACUAAAAUCUUGAGUCAAUAACUGGACUCAUUCAUCUUGUCUGAACCUCUUCAUGAUGAAAGAUUCUAAGAUUUGACGUUAGGUGAUGCCCACAAUUACUUGUGUAUAUUGUUUAAAAUAGUUGAUAGAUUCCUGAUAUACUUAUUGUUUCCCCUUGCAAUGUACAUCUUAGUUCAAGAUUUUUUGUAAAUGAAAUCGUCCUCUCUCACUUCUGCCAAUUUGAUUGUUAUCUACAAUUUCAUAAUUGUUACAUGGACAUGAAUUGUGUUGGAUUGGUAGUAUAUUGUUUAAUGAAAUUAAACAUUAAACCUGACGAUGGGUGUCAAAGGAAAUCAGUCCUUUUUACAUAUUACACUAAAGAACUAUCAGUUUGUUUACAAUGAAUGUAACUUACUGAAAGCUUAAAUAAAUGGAUAGAGAAGAUGGCUGUGUGAAGUGGUUGGAGGCCAUUAUAACAACCAAUUCAUUCAACUUUACACUCAAGGUUUAAUAAGUCGAGGAAAAGUAAGGGAAUUUCAAAAUCCUAUGGCUACAGCAAUCAUGGGUGAUCUGUUUAGGAAAUUGAUUUUUUUUAGAGCCUUGGAAGUUUUUCUAAACAACAACUGUACUAUGUGUGCAUCAUUAAAUAAACCUUGAUAGCCUGAUGUAUGCCACAGGUACAGUGUUCACCUUUUCAGACAGUAACCAGUAACAUUUACUCCCUGUAGUACCUCUAAUUACCAUUUAAAAUUGCUUGGAAUUCUUGAAAUUCAACAGGUAAAAGGAUUGCUUUACUGGUUUGAGAAUUUAUUUUACCUGUCAUGCUUAAAAUAAGGGAGAACACUGAUGUAUAAUGUACCCUCCCCCUGUCUGUACUUUUCACACAUCUACCAUGUUAUGAACUUGUUUUCAAAAUGCAUUCAAACUGCUGUGCAGUCAAUUAUUUUUUUUCCUACUUGAAAUUAUUUUACUUGUGAUUCAAUCUAACCAUGAUGUGAUAUAUUAAAUUUUAAGGCAAAUUGUAAUAUUAACUGACAGCACCAAUAGGUAGCAUGCUAUGGUUAGAGGUCUUGACACCAUGCAUUAUGUUCUUUAUUUCUAUUGUUACAGUAGCAUGUGUUGUUUACCUUGUGGAGAAGUAUUUUGUCCUGUCUAACCACUGCUUGUUAAUGUCUUUUUUUCUAGGGAGAGGAAGAAAGUAUAAGUCAAGCAAAAACAAUAGCUCCAUUUCUGUAAGUGUGCCGAGAUAUGAAUUUAUUCUGGGGAGGAAAUCAUGGAAUUUUGAGUUGAUUACACAUUCACUGUUUGACCUUUCAAUAAUGAUGAAGACUCUGGUUUUAAAUAGUAAAAUAUACUUAUAUUGUACCUUAACCAACAAAAGGUGUACUGGUUUUCAGCUGCAUUCUGUUUGGUAACUUAAUGUUGUAAAUAAUCUUAAGUCACAUGUAAAUGUUGACCUCUUCAUACAUUGACAGUACAUAGUUUGACUUUGAUCAAACACAAUCAUUGACUGCCUCUGAUAAGUCAAAUAUUUCUGCCAAUGAAUAACAGACCAAGGAGUGUUUGUUACAUGAUAGCUGAAUAAAAAAUAAGUUUCAAGGGAGGAGAGGCUAGGAGUCUGAAGUCACAGCAUGCAAGCUUUUUAAAAAACAAUGAAAAGACAUAUGAGUGAGCUUUGGCCUUUUAAUGCAGUAUUUUUGAAAGAUGCUACUCCCAAUGAUCUUAUAAAGAUGUUUUAAUGGCAAUCUAGGGCUUAUAAAAAUGUUUUUUCCAGACUGCUUUAAAAUGAAGGGAAGACUGUAGUUAUUGUCAUUCCAUGCUGUGCUGAUGGAUUUAAAACAUGCAGUUGAGAAUUAUUCAUUGUCCUCCAUCUUACAAAUUUCUGAUCACUGCAGAGUCUUAGAAUGCUACAUCAUGGUAGAUUACUUAGUUUUUCAAAGAUAAAUACCAGCUGUGAAGCUUAAAGCACAGAACAUCUGUUUAAGUAGGAAGGAAAAACUGCCAAAUUCUUCCCCUGACUGUAGAGGUUGUGGUUUCUCAUUUAGGAUAAAGUUACAGGCAGAUAGGCAUAGGUCUGCCAGUUAUCACUGUCACCUAAUGUCACAUGAUAGCCUAAUCAGAGCUUGAGUGCCUGUGAUUGGUAAAAACAUAAGCAAGGCCUUUGUUUAGAUAGAAGGAUCAUCUUACAGUAAUUAGAUUAUUGUCCUAAUGUUGCCUGCAUGAGGCGCUGUUAGGGAGCAGAUAAAAUAAGCCAGACAAUACUUGGCCUGUUGUUCAGAGCAGUGAUUUUUCUAAAAGAUUUUUCCAUGUGGAGACAUCCAUAUCCUCAUCAAAGACCUCUACUUCCCUAUCAUGCCAGGGGAAAGGUAUAAUUUAUAUCUUUGAGUACAUUUGAGGCAUUUCUAUUGAGCAGCGUUGUUUGAAUAAUGGUUUUAUUUACCCUGAUGUCACAUCACUUUCACUUCAAGAUGUGUCCUCAGAGAUGAAACAGAAGGUCUUAAAUAUUGCCUGCGUCAUUUCUCUCAGCUAAGAUUGGGAGCCUAAAUCAGUCAUAACAGGAUGUAGAUAAGCCUUGUGGAGAUUUCAGAACUUCCAAGAGCUUUGAAAAGCGGUUUCUUGAUCCCAUAUGCUGAGUAACUUGAAACAACUGUUACUUCACUGUGACCCCCUGUGAAAGACAAUUUACAUGUGCUUUUCCUCUUCAAUUAUUGUUCAAAAUGCUAGGAUAAAUACACAUCAGGAUGGCUGGUUGUGAAAUGACAAGCCAGCUCUCUUCUAAGUGACUGCUGUCGCAAUUUGCCUCUUGAUCCCAGUUUAUCUUUUAGUGUGCUUUGGGGUCUAAUAUUGCAUCCUUUUCAUUCUUUGGGAUGCUGAAAUUAAACAUUGUUUUUCCUUUUACAGGUCUAUUCACCAGGUGCCGAUGACAUGAUGCCUCAUCCUGGGGAUGCCUUGACUCAAUCUCAUUACUCUCCUAAAGGGGGAAUCUACGCUGAUGCUUACUACAUGGGUGAGAAGGAUUAGCAUAUCUUGUGUUCCAGUCGCCAUCUUGCACUUUAAUUUUUGUGCUCUUUGACCACCAUUUUGGAAGAGUCUCUUGUUACAGUCUAAUUUGUAAUUUUCUUUGCGCCCAAUACUUCACUUUCUUGUUUUCCUCUUUACUGUUCUAUUAUUAGUAAAUUAGUUCUUUUAUUAAUCAACCAAUGACUGAUGGAAUUUGUUGUAAUAAAGCUGUCUUGUCCCUACCUGAAAUUUCUUUUAACAUUCUCUGUUCCUGACGUUUUUGUGAGCAAAAUUGUUGAAUCCACUCAGAUGUUUCCUCUCACUUUGUCAGUUGUCAAAGACACAGGCUUCUGUUCUCAACUAGCCAUAGAUAAAUAAGCAAUGCCAUAUUUCUUGUUGAAUUACCAGCAUGAAAAACCCCAAUGCUUGUCAUUGGAGUGAACUGAGAGGAUACUUGCUAGAGAGCAACUCAAAAUAACAUGUGGUAAAGGUGAAGUCGCUUAACAGACUGUUAAUAACUACAAGUCUGUUGAAUACCUGCAGUGGCUUAACACCACACUUGAUUAGUUUUUUAUUGGGGGCUAUUUCAGUUACAGUGAUGUGGUAAAGGCUGUUAUACUCAUUUGUGUUUAUGGGCACUUCAUUUGUGGUUUCCAGCUGAAGUAACAUUAUUCUGUCAUUAUAAUCAAACUUAUCAUAAAUCAAAUUUUUCAUGGCUUGUGUAGUUCAUGACUCAAAAUACACUGUCUUUAAUGUGAUUAUUUUCCAAUUUAUUGUAAAUUUAGCUUUAUAUCUCUUUUUCUGUGAGAAUUCUGAGAUUCUGUCUUCAAAAGGCUUCUAUUUGCUUCACUGUGCACUGAUUUCAGUGUUUGCAACAUGUAACAGAAUGAGUUUUUAUGAAGAGCACCUCCACACUUGAUCUGGUCCAUUUUUUUUCACAAAGGAGCAUCCAAAUAACAGGCUUUUAUUCUGCCACAUGUUUUGGAUGAGCUACCACCUCAUAGACAAUUCAUAUUUUGUCAUCUGUUUUUCAGAUUUUUGUACCUUUAAUUUUUGUGAUGCCAAAAAUGUUGUUAGGUUGUGAUCACCAAUUGAUGUACAUGGUUUCUUUUUUUCCACUUUGAGAUUUCCUAUUUUACAUUGAUAUACGAUGGAAGCAAAGCUUCUAUGGAGUGUCUUUGACCCUACCUCCUAUAUCUGAUAUAACACAAAUGAUUGUUGCUGAUUCCAAGAAUUCUUUGCAGUAAUUAUGUGUUGUUUCAUAACCGAAAAACAUCAUAAGGAAUUGGUAUAUGUUAAUUUUUAGCAUUUUUUCCAGAAGAAAUGAAAGGUCUCUUUAAAUGGUGCUGUAUUUUUUAAAUAUUUCUUUCUUCAUGUCUCAAAGUCUUUUGUCAACAUGUAAAUUAGAUUGCAAGUUAGAGUGAUUAACUUUGGUUAUAGAAUCUUGUUCAAUUUACCUCAAGGAAUUUUUCAUACAUGAAAUCAAGCAGUCAAAGAGUAUGUGUAUAUGCAUUUCAUGCUGAUGUAGUGUGAAUGUUAUCAUGUGUUAUAUUCUUUGAAGAGGCAAUGACCAGCUUUGCUGAACUUGAUGCAACCCUUACUUAGCUAAGACUUACUAAGCAAAUGAUUUCAAUGAAGGUGAAGAAAUAAAUUCCUAAAAGGCAGAAAAUAACUUCAACAAAAAUUUACUAACAAGAAUAAGAAGGGAAAGUAAUAACAAAGAUACAACAAGACCAAAAAAAUUCAAAAUGCAGCGCAAGAUACGUGAAACACUUAAAGGGAAGGGAUUAUGAUGCAGAACCUAAAUGAAAACCCACCACACCAAAGGCAAGAAACAGGGAAUCUUUAGAGUGGUGUGAUUUACAUCAAGUGCCAAAAAAGUAAUGCAUAAAUGAAAAAUGAAAAGAUUGGGAGUUAAUGAACUGGUGUGAGGUGUCUAAGAAGUUUGAAAUCAAAUAAAGAAUUAGACACAAAAUUUGUCAUACCUGAACAUUACUGAAGCAUUGAAAAAAAUUCAGAGGCUAAAAAGGUCUUUUUUGUUGUUUUACAAAAAUAGAGAGAGAGAGAUGCAUUUAUAACUGAUUUUAGGUCAAGUCAUGAUGCUACCUGUCACUUGGUUCUUGUUGAAUAAGUACAUUUGCAUUCUCAUCCUGACAAUUUUAAGCUCUUACCAUUUGUGAUUGAUUCAGUUAGUUUCAGCUUUAGUCUUUCUAUUGGGUUCUUUGUAAAAAAAGUUGCUCUUAAAUGUGGCAAUUAUUGGACCAAAUCGAGAUUUACCCUCUCUUUAGUCAAGUGCUCUUUUUAUUAAACUUUAUUCCUUUAGUAUCAAGAAAUCUUGAUUUGACAGCUUGUUGUAAAGUAUUAAUGAAUGGCUUUGUGGCCUAAAUUGUAUCUUUAAGUUUUCUGUCUUACUUCCCACAUAGAGUCUUUUAACUGCUCUUUUUUGCUCCAGUAUUGGAGAUACAUGUGCUUGUUGUGUUUUAUCCUAUGAGCAUGUAAUUUAAAUUUUGAAGUGGGUGCCCACUAUUAUUUAAAUCUGACCAAGCUAUCAUAGACUUAUGUACAAGCAGCUGCUUGUAGCCACUUGUUCAUGCUGAUGAACAUGUUUCCAAAAUUUGUUUGGUAUUUGGUUCUACUUUCUCUAACUUUAUUCUUAUCCAAUUCAUUACUUAAGCUGAUGUUAAGUGGCUGAUGGGAGGUGUUAAACUUUUCCCCUUUGAAAUAAGUUGAAAAGGGAUUUGAAGGUUAUAUGAAAAGGAUUUCAAAGACAUAUGCUGUGUGGAAGGUAUUGUAACUCAAUUUCUGCUUUGUGUCCUUUUAGAUCAUGGCUCACCAGAUCCAUGGGGGCACACUGGUCAGCUUGGUCCAGGAUCUUACUCUGGUUCAGCUGGCUCCUACAGCAACAGUUAUGGCAUGCAUCCAAGAGAUAGCAUGGUGGGUUACACAGUUCAGUUACAAUCACAAUUUUGCUGGGUUGAUUUGGUUUUGCUUAAGUUUGUUUACAAUGAGGGGUUUUGUUUGUUUGUUUAUUUUUAGAGCGAUGUUCGUGGUAUUCCUGUUUCAGCAUUAGCAAAGGGGCCAGCAAUUCACCAACCUAGGGUGGGCUUUGUUUAUGGUGUUAAAAAAUACACAUACAUCAUCUCUGAUCAGCAUUGUGCUGACAACUUCCUCUCAUCUCCUUGAACACAAGCUCAGCUGAAUGUAAUCAUUGCAAAAUUGGGUUAGACACAUAACAUGCUGGUGCCAUUUUAAGGGUUUUUAUUGCUGUCAAUUAACAUUUAACACCACCAGUAGUCUUCCGGUCAUUUAUCACCUUGUGGGUCUUGCUUUUUUUUUGUUUUCUCUUCUGAUUCUCUGACCCUUUCACAAGUGUCAUACAUGAAAGAAGUGAGUGUCAAGCUGUUUGAACAAGGAAAUCGUUUAAUCCUUAUGUCUUUAUUCUUAACUGACCAGUGUCUCUUAACACAUGGAGAACUACAUGUAUUUAACAUACUUGUACUUUGUAUCACUGAUUUUUGAUUGUCAACCUUACACCUUCAAUUCAAAUUAUCAUUUAAUUGUGGGGUACAGAAAAAUAAGAUGGGUAUGUGGUGAAAGUGUGCAAUUUCUUUUUUUAACAUAGCUUUAUUCAUCAAGCAUAAUUUGUUAAUUCAACCUUGCUACCUGCAUUUAAAACUACAAAACAUCUCUGCUAUUUUCUUUUAACAGCUUAUUCAAAACUUCUCUGUUCAUUAGAUAGACAUUUAAUUGUGUAUCUUAUCAGUAUCCAAAUUCUAAAAUUUGUCCGUUAAAUUAUGAAGUACUUUCAUGUAUGUGGCUCUCUGUUGUGUGAAACAAAGUAACAAACAGUUUGAGAGUAUAGCAAAUUUGUCAGAUGAUUUUCUUAAACAGCCAGUGAAGUAGUCUGGCUUCCAGUGUGAACUUUUUUAUUUGGUAGUUUGGCUGUAUACCAGCAUGAAUGGGAGUAUUUUGAAUUGCAACAUUGUUAUAACAGAUUUGCAAAAUGACUCUGAUUUCAAGCAAAUUUAUUUUAAUAUCAAGAAUCAUAUACUUUACCUCAAAAGUAGAGUGCUUUAUCCACAGGACAGUGGUACAUGUAGGUACUUAAGAUAUGUAUUGCUUCAGCUAAUCUUUUUCCACUAUAUUACACAGGGCUACCAUCACUUAGGCCAUGGUGAGCCAAUGGAGAGACUGUCAAGUUUACCACCCAUGACAUCUUUUAGGCAAACAGGAAUGCACCAUGGUCAAUCAUCACCCUAUCUCCAUUCUUCAGUGUCACCUCCUCUCAAUGGAAGUGAUCCAAUGGGUAUGGUCUUUGGUUUAAAACUAAACCUUCAGUUUUAAAGAUAUUAUUAUUCAAGCAAGAGAGCUGAGCUUGUUGUAGAAGAACAGCUUAUUUUUUUUUUUAAAUAUGAGAGUUCCUGGGAACUUAAACUGAAAGUUUGAUAGAAAAAGAGAAUUUUUUUUUUAACUUCUAAAAGAUUAUCAUUGGAAUAAUUUUCCCAACAGGGUUUUCAUGCCUCUUAAGGGAGGAUCCAUUUUUGGGAGGGGGCAGUGUGGGUCAAAUCAUGUGGAUUCACUGGUGUUUGAUGUACCAAUUGAGAAAUCUCCCAACAAAAAAUCUGUACAGGAUGGCCUCUUUGAGGUGAAUUUUCAAGUUGCAAGAAAAAUAGAAUAAAAGCCUAUUUGCUUCUUGUAAUGCGCUGCUUCAUGUUUAUUUGGGGCACACCAUUGUUGUUCCUUUUUUCUGUUGUUUAUGUGAUUUAUCAUACUGUUACUUUUAUUACAGCCAGUCACAGCUCUAGGGCACCCACAUCUGGUUCACAAACUGGAGACACACUAGGGAAAGCCCUAGCAUCUGUAAGUGCAGAAUCCUGUUUGAGGAUGUAAUUUUAACAACCUUACAGUUCAUCUAGGAGUGCUGAAAGAAUAAGUUACUACUUGUUAAUUUUUUAAAAUAAACAGGGAGUGUUUUGAGUGGUCUAGAAGUCUGAAACUGUCUUUUAAUGACAUAAAAAAUUGAUUAUUCUUGCAGAUUUACCCCACAGACAAUGGUGGAUCAUACUCAUCAAACCCAACAACACCAGUAGCAUCUCCUCCCCCCUUGGCCAGUGUCAGUGACAGACCUUUAUCAGGUAAGAUGCUUUGCUCCAGCUUGACCAUUUCUGAAGUUUGUUUCAACCAAAUGUUGCAUGUAGAUUGUGAUUUCAAUUGCAAAGAGCCAUAUUAGGAAGAUUGUGAAUUGUCACCAAAGUCUGUCAUUAACCUCUGACUUCAUUUAGUUCUGUCUGACUCUUUGUCUAAUUUAUAACUGUUGCUUUAGAUUUUAUUGGUAGUCAGAACGUUCAUCCUUAUUUUAAGCAUGCAGAUUAAAAGCAAUUUUCAAGCCAGUAGAGCAAUCCUUUACCUGUUGAAUUUUCGAGAAUUCCUAGCAAUUUCGGUUGAUACAGAAGGUAAGUUUUAGCAGUUACUGCCUGGAAAGGAGAGCACUUUAGUCAUGGAAGAGAAAGAGAUCUAGAUUAAUAACAAUGUUGUAUUGAUCUUAUUACAGCUGGCUCUGGAGCUUCAGGACAUUCUGCAAGCUGGGGAAGAACUAAUCAACCAACAUCACCUCCAUAUGAGAGCCAUCUGCAUUCUCUUGUGAGUAGAAGUUUGUCAUGGUACUGAGUUAAUGAUUAACCCACUACACCAUAGCAUUAGAGUGCAUAUUCUCCGUACUGUUCUCUCUCCAUUUCCUAGAGUGCUGACCAGGAGAAUGUGUUCAAAAAUCACAAUUUUCUGUAGUUAGUGAUUAUUUCCUUUGUUCUUGUGGCCCUAAUGUGUGGCUUAGCAGUGGUAUUGUAAGGUGAAAUUGGAUUCUUUUAGGGGUCAAAAGGUUGAAAAUGUUGUUGAUUAGACGUGAGUGAUUAAAUAAUGGUUUAUCGGGUAGACAAAUGCAAAUUAAAUAGAAAAAAACAAAAAGGGCACUUGAAAAUUUGGUGCAAGAUACAUGUACAUUAGCCUUGUUGAGAUUUGACUUUCCCAAAAUCCAUGCAUUUCAUCAAGGUCUGCAAAUUUUACAUUUCAGCAAAGCAGAAUGGAGGAGAGGCUUGAUGAUGCUAUUCAUGUUUUGCGCACCCAUGCUGAAGGUAGCCUCCCUCCUGGAAUGUCACCAGUGGUAGCUGGAAGCUUGCUGAGUGCUGCUGCGGCAGCAAGUGCAAGUGGGGUUCAGGGUGUUAGCUAUUCAACCUCUGUGGGAAGUAGCGGUACAUCAGCAGUCCCCAUGGAUCAGAUGGUAAAGCAAACCUGUUUUGAAUUGUACUUCCAUAGCUACUGCCAUCUUUUUGGUAUGAUUGUGGACCCCUGCAAUUCAAGUUUAACUUGUACCCAAAACAAAACUCAAAUGAAAAUGAAAUUGUGUUUACAUGUACAAAUGCUCGAAUGCUGUCCCCUCAAAGAAGUUAGUGAGGCAGAGAUACAGGUUAACGCAGCUAAGAAAAUGAAUAAGUUGAAGACGGGAUGACUGUUUUUGUGAACUAGCUGCUCUAGUAUCAGAGUAGCCAGAUAAUAAAAUUGAUUGGCAAGAUUAAUUUUUCACAAAUGUCUGAUCAUGACGUAGACAUAUUCCCAAAAAAAUUAUUACAAAUUAUUUAUAGAAACUAAGAAUCUUCAUGGACAAACGUUUGUCAUUCUUUAGAGUGGUGGACAUAGUGGAAUGGAGGAUGAUCCAGGAAUGGCAUCACCAAGUAACCUAUCAAGUAGAGGAGCAGCGUCACAAAUGUCCCCCAGUACCUCAGAGACAAGUGAAUCAAGAUGUAUGUACAAGUUUGAUGUAGUCUACAAGUAAUCAGGUGUUCCUUCUCGGGCAGUGGUGUUAAACAGAAGAAUGAUUUGAUUUGAUUUGAGCACCUUUUUGUUGAAAUGUCUAGACUGACUGGUUGUAUGGAAUUAAGUAGUGGCCAUUUUAGGGCGUUAUCCUAAUCCAUUUGAGGAAAAUUUGACAUGCACAAGAAUGCUGAAACGCACGUCUCAGAAAUGAUACUUCAGCGUCUCACUUUACAAAGACAACUACCGUCCUCUUUUAAGUUUAUUUCGUGAAAAAGGGCUUCUAAGCCAAGUAGGUUUGACAGGUCAUCAUAGCUGCAUUGCUAUAUUUAUAUUUGAAAGAUCAAAAUGUUGUAAUCUCUAAGUAGUUUGAGGAUGUAAGGGAAAAUUGUGGUAAAUAGCCGGUAAUUAUAGAGUUAAUUGUCUCUCUGCCUUGGCAGAUGGUUCUAAAAUGGACACAGGAGGCGAAAGUGCAAAGAGCAGUAAAGACUCGUCAUCGAAGCAAGAUUUGAAAAGUAACGGGGACUUGGCAGAGGACAGAGACAAAAGGGAUUUGAUUGUGGAUGACGAUGAUGACGAUGAUAAAUUGACAGAAGAUGGUGGUGUUGAUGACAACGGCCGAGUCAGAGUCGUCAGGGAACAAGAACGAAGAUAUGCGAAUAAUGCCAGGGAAAGGUAUGAUCAUGAAUUAGUGUAGGUACAUGCAGGAGGAAACAGCGGCACAGUAGAGUCUGAUACCCGAGUAUCUAUAACCACCUGUUAUCUGAAUGACUGGACUCGUGUCUGUGUUACCAAAAACUGAAAUUGCUACGUACAUAAUACUGUAUAUUGGUUUGGUGACCUUGCAAAGGUUUAUUUAGCCACGUGUUGUUCAGUUUAGAAAAUUGUUAUUAUUUUAUUAGACCUAAAGUACAGAAAAUUGUUGGGCCGGGGUGUAAGAUAACUCCACUUUUUCGGGUUUCUGUUACUAAAAACCAUUUCAGACUGAAAUUUCGAUAUCAUUAAAUUAUUUGAAGAAGAGCAUGUUUACUCGGAAUGUCUGCAAUCCCCGACACAGCAGGUCCUCAAGAGGUUGGAAGGCAACAGUUUUCAAGCUGAUUUUUAUGGUCUUUUUUCUCAGAAAGGUUGAAAAUUUAUCAAGUGCGACCCAUGCCUGAAGCUUGAAGGAAUUUAGUCGGACCAAAAAUUGUCGUGCGCACUUGUCUCACGGAACUGAAGACAGUUCUUUCGCAAACUAAGCAAAAAUUUUCCUAGUGCGUCAAGGCCCUAAGUAACAUUUUCUCAGUCACUGAGUGAUAUAAAAAUAAUAAACAGGCUCUGCACUGAAUCAUACUAUGUAUAGAGAGAAAAAGUCAACUUUCAUGAACUACCUAGCUGCUAAGUUCCCGGAAUCUGCACAUCUUUGUGACCUGAGAGUUUUUCAUCCGGCGGCGACAUUUUUGAUAACCGCAAACAAGUGUCGAUCGUAAAAGGCUCAAAACAGUGUGAAUCUCUAGGAUCCCUGCAAGAGACAGAAAAAAAAAUGAUCCCAGAUCGAUUUGAUAUUCAACAGUCCAAUUUUGUGCUCUGCACCUUGCCUUAACAGGUUGAGAGUUCGAGACAUAAACGGAGCCUUCAAAGAAUUGGGAAGAAUGUGUAUGAUGCAUUUACAGGGUGACAAAUCCAACUCUAAUUCUAAACAGACUAAGGUGAGAUGCUAAGCUUACUACCCACAUAACUCUUUAUUACAGGAUGAGGGUUCGAGACAUCAACGGUGCCUUCAAAGAAUUGGGCAGAAUGUGUCAAUUGCAUUUAGAGAGCGACAAACCCCAGACCAAGGUAAAAAAAAAGACAAGUUUUGUCACUUCCAAAGGUUGACUCCUUCUGUCAUCUCCAUUUGAAAUUUCCUGUUCAGUUUUUAUUCAGUGACCAUGUUUACAAUGUUGUCUAAAGUUGCAUGUCACUCUCCAAGAUGCCCUUGAUCUCCAACACUGAUACUACUGCUGUUAAAGAAGCUUCUUUGUUUGUUAUAUAGAUCUCUUUAAGGCCUUGAGUGAUAAAAACGAAUAACAUAUGUAUGCAGUGUGAAUUUGCAAAUGCCUUCACAAACAACUCGGCUUGUAAUUAUACCCCUCUUCAAAAUGUGAAAAAGUGAUCCACGUGCCCUGGUGACUGUGAUUGUGUAUCGUUAUGAUCGAAUUUUAUUUACUCAUCCACAUAUGGUUGCUUUGUCCCACAGCUUGUAAUCCUUCACCAAGCGGUAUCAGUCAUCACAAGUUUAGAAUCACAAGUUCGAGGUAAGCUUGGAAUAAUAUCGUGGUAUUGUUUCAUAACUGAUUGUGACUGUUUUUAUUUUACAUUUUUCCGUCAUUUCUUAUUGUGUUUUUUAAUUCUGGAAAGGAGUAAGAUAUUAGGCUUGUGGAUUGUGAGGAUGAGUUUUUCCCUAACUUUUAAGUCAAUUAAUUAUGGAAUCAAACGUAGCCCUUUGGAUCCAAGCCAUUGUAGCGGCAGGGAACUGUUAUCUCUACCGGCUGGCAAUUUCACCUUCUAAAACUUUUAUUUCCGGAUUUUCCUAGAACGAAAUCUCAACCCCAAAGCAGCUUGUCUCAAAAGGCGCGAAGAGGAGAAAGUUGAAGAGGAAGCCCCGGAGAAAAGAGCUGUACCGGGAGUGGACAAACCUUUUGACACCUCAGGGGCAGCAGCAGGGCGUGGAAGAGGCAGGCGAGGAAGAAGAUCUUCAAGAGGUGGGUGGGAGUUCAGUCAAGUCGCAAACCUGUUCGAUUUAGCAACAAACUCUAUAGUUCGUCGUCUUAAGUGAAGUAGUUUUUUUAUGAAAAUAUAUUCUCUUUUACACAGUUCCUUCCUUAUCUUUAUUUUACUUUUGAGAUUGUGAAUGUAAGAUUUAAAGGGAUCUGCAGCAGUUUCAAGGGUAUUGAGAUAUUAGGAAGUCAAAAGCAUUCUUCAACCUUUUCAGUUUAGGGAUAACAUCUGAUGCGUUAGGUAGUAACAACUAAUGUUCUACUUUUUCGCUCUAACAGGGGCUUUUAACGGCGAAGGUCGAGGAAUGCCAUGUGGACCACUGAACGGCUAUGAACCAACGGACCAUGGAGAUCCACCCUCCUUAAAUGCGUGA